CGUUCGACGCGCCUAGCGGGCGAAUGAGCAAAACGGGUAGCGACGGCGGCACGGGCAGCAAGAAAACCGUCGACGAUAGCGGACGGACGCCAGUGGACGACGACGUUAGGUGUCGGUGUCGAGAGGCGGGGAUUGUGUCGUCGCUCGAGCGUGACCGCGUGUGUGAGCUUAUAUAGAGGUGGUGGCAUUAUUCUCUCUCUCUCGCCUUCUCUCGCACACAUCUCGUUCCUCACUCGUGUGCGCGCUCAUACACACACACACACACAUCCGUGUCUCCCGUUCUGCUUCUUCCGCUUCGCCUCCCCCUUUCGUACGUCGUUCACCGCGUACGGAACAACGACGUGUAAAGGAGCAGAAAGAAGCGCGGACGACGAUGACGACGCGAGCCGCCGCUCUACGGUGAAGCAAAACUCUCGCGACUUAACGGCAAUCGAACGUUUUAUAUUCGUGUUUACCGAGAGACGCACCGGUGGUAGGAAGCGGCGCGACAAACGACGUAUAUAUCUCCUCCGUUGAGUAUUCACUCGCAGACGUGACCGCUCUUGGCGUACUUCAUCGUUGUCUCGCGAAUCGUGCGGAGCGCGGGAAGCACGAAAAACGACCGCGUUAAACGCCACUGCCGCUUAGUCGGAGAAUUAAACGACGAUCACGGAAGGAGAGAAAGAGGCGCCUAGGAGGAGGUUGUUGCCUCCGCGUUUAAUUAAAGUUUUUCGAGCGCGAAAAGUGGUGCGUCGGUCGCGUGCCGCGGCGUUUAUGUGCACGCUCAGGUGACAGGAGGAGAAACGACGAUAGCCGUGGGGUGUGUUGCUGUACGCGAGAUCACGUAGUUGUCGACGAGCCGCCACCGCCGGCUGCUUGGUGCCUCUUCUACGUGGAAGAAGAAGGGUGCUCGGCGAGCACAAGUUGGAAGUGGACGGAAAAGAAGGAGGAUUGCCGUGGCCGCGAGAAACGAUAAGAACGCCUUACACCAGAUCUUAUCCAAGAUGACGAGCGCAGUGACAAAUUGGAUACAUAGUUAUAGGGACCUUAUGGACAAUCAGUCCGAUCCCAGGGUGAACGACUGGGUCAUGAUGAGCAGCCCGUUUCCGACCCUGGCAAUAUGCCUGUUUUACGCUUACUUUAGCAAGGUUCUGGGACCGAAGCUGAUGGAAAACAGAAAGCCUUUCGAUCUUCGAAGGAUUCUCAUAAUAUAUAAUCUUCUACAAACACUCUUCUCCACGUGGAUAUUCUAUGAGUAUCUGAUGAGCGGUUGGGCGCGAGGUUACAGUAUCCGAUGCCAGCCAGUGGACUAUUCCAAUAGUCCAAUAGGCCUCCGAAUGGCGAGAACUUGCUGGUGGUACUACUUUAGCAAAUUCACCGAGUUCUUCGAUACACUGUUUUUUAUCCUGAGGAAGAAGAACCAACAUGUAUCAACACUUCACGUAAUUCAUCAUGGGGUAAUGCCUUUUUCUGUAUGGAUGGGAGUGAAGUUUGCACCGGGUGGUCAUAGCACUUUUUUCGCUCUCUUAAAUACUUUUGUACACAUUGUGAUGUACUUAUAUUACAUGAUAGCUGCGAUGGGACCGCAGUUCCAGAAGUACAUUUGGUGGAAAAAAUAUCUUACUACCAUGCAAAUGGUGCAAUUUGUGCUGAUCAUGUUCCAUCAGUUCCAAUUGCUGUUCACCGAAUGCAAUUAUCCACGAAGUUUUAUGAUCUGGAUCGGCUUGCACGGUUGUCUGUUCUUUGGAUUGUUCUCAGACUUUUACAAAACAAAGUACAGCGGCAAAAGUUCUGCGAAAAAAAUGCAGAACGGUAUGUCAGGCGGCGGUGGAGCUUGCAUGCCGGUCUUAGACGAGAAUGGCAGCGCGGAACAUAACGGCGUGUCCUCGUACGCAAUGAUUUACAACAAGGAAUACAACAGUUGUUACAGCAACGGCACGAACAACGGAUAUGUUGCCAACAAUAAUAUCACGGAGAAAAAGCUCGCUUAGGACAUGUCGCGGCCUUGUUGGAAGUUCGAAUAUUUUCUAUUGUGUGGUCAAACAGCUCUUGUACCUCCAAACUUAACCGUUCAUACAUUUAUAAGCAAUCAUCUCAUAACAUAAACUUGCGUGUGAAAUUAUCAAGCCAAAUUACGCACAUGCAUAAAAAAAAAAAAAAUGAAGAGAUGUAUGUGAGAUUUAGAUCGAAAGAACAGACAGAUAAUAUAAAGCGAAACGCCUCGUUAAAUAUUCUGCGUUGUUAGCAGAAUAGAAGUUGUGUUCACUAACAUAAAGAUCAUCGAUAAGAGGAUUGUUAUAACAUCCGUGUUAGAAAAAUUAAAAAGAAAAAAGGAACGUGAUGUGUGAGAUGCGCACAACUGAUUAUUUCAAACAAUAAGUACAUCGCGCAAUCUAUAGCUUUGAAAUCCCUCGUGAAACGGUGUGGUUUUUAAAUCUUGUGACACCCUGCCAACCGAAAAUCGAACAUCGAUCAAUGUUAUCGAUAAUAAUUAUAAAUAAGAAAAAUAGCAAAACAAAAAAAGACUACUUUUGUGUGUAUUUGUUGCAAAAAAAACUGUACUGCAAUUUGUAAUGUCUUUUUGAAUUUUAAAUAGCUUGACAAAGUUAUUUAUUGAGAAGAAAAAUCCGAUUUAUUGAGACGCGAGAAAAACAUGAGAAAUGAUGACGAGAACAAUGUGAGAGCGCACAUACACGAGACAAAGAAACGUUCUACAUUCCUCGCCGAAUAAUUAUGUUGGUGAGAGCGGAGUGUUUGCCAUAUGUGUGCAUUUUUUGCUGGUUAUAUACUUGUUGAGUACGAGUGUGAUGAUCUUUUAUAUGUGCAUAUAUAUAUAUAUUUAUAUUUAUGUAUAUAUACACAUAUACAUGUAUAUACUUGUUGCAUGCAAGUUUUCAAAGCAUUUUCCAUCGAAGCACGCUGAAAUUGAAUAUUCUUUCUUAUAAAUACUGACUCUGCCUUUUUGCAAGUUCUAAUUGUGUUCAAAACAUCAGUCUUUUCUAAAAUUGGCACGAACGCCUAAAACCUUGUAAAGCAGAGUUGGAUACGUAAGUACGAUGGUAAUUGCUAAUAAUUUAUAAAGUUUACACCAAUAAGUAGUUAAUCAAAAAGAGAAAGUAAGAGCUUGUUUUCUUAAAAAAAAAAAAAAAAAAAAAAAAAAAAAAAAGUUUUUUU